CGAAAAGUGGCCGAAAGUAGCACACAAUGAGCACAAUAAUACGAACAAAUUUUUUCUUCAUUUUUUCAUUUUAGCGCCGCUAACUUGAUUGAGCUUAGAUUUUAAUAUGGUAACCCAAACACCUCUUGAUAGUAUGCACCUUUUUGAUCUAGGUGUUAUUAAAAAAAUGCUUGUUCGAAUACUACAAAACAAGACGGAAGAAAAAACUCCAAAGAUCAACAUUUUGAAAAUAUCUCCAGGACUUUUAAAUUUAAGAAAACAUUUUCCAAAAGAGUUUCCAAGAAAGCCCAGGUCUUUGGACGAAAUACACCAUUGGAAAGCGACUGAAUUCCACCAAUUUCUUGCUUACACAGGUCCCAUUGUGCUUUUUAACAAGGUACAUGAAAAUAUUUAUUAUGAAUUUUUACUAUUGCACUGUGCUUAUAUACUACUAAGCAAUCCGCGGCAUGUAAACAAAUAUAUAACAGAAGCUAACGAUAUGAUUCAACUGUUUGUAGAAAAUUUCCCUAUUGUAUUUGGUGAAAAUAGCGUUUCUUUCAACAUUCAUAGUCUACUGCAUGUGACUUCUUGUACACAAAUUUAUGGUACCCUUUCAUCGUUUUCGGCUUACGAUUUCGAAAACAAACUCCAAAUUUUGAAAAGUCAUGUCCGGAAACCAUCUUCGAUUCUUCAACAAAUUGUUCGAAGGAAAAAGCAAAAAUUAUAUGUAGCACCCAUGGAAAAGAAAUUUAAGUUCGAAGGAGGCAUACUAGUAGGAGCUUUUGUGAAUGAUUGCUUCAUAUCUUGCAACGAACAUAAUAACAUAUGUUCUGUGGUAUCAGAUAUCCCUGUAAAAAUCGAAAAAAUCAUAAAAGAAGACGAAAUUUAUGUUAAAGCAAGACGCUUAUUGCUUUUCACGAGUUUUUUUGAACAACCCGUAAAUUCCUGCGAAUUGGGUAUAUUCAAAACAAAUUUAGCUUUAGGAGAAGUAGAAAAAUUCGCAAUUAAAGAUAUUGAAUACAAGUUUGUGUGCUUACCUUUUGAGUCUGAUUUUAUAAUUAUGCCAAUUUUACACAGCUGCCUUCCAGAAAAAUGUCGAACGAGCGGGCUCAAUGUUCAAAAGGAAAACUAAAAUAUUUCGCUACUACAAAUUGUCCUGGCUGUCGUGAAAUUUCAAAAAAGCUUGAAGUAUAUAAAGAUACCGUUGAAAAGCAACAGAACACUAUCAUCGAGAUAUUGGCGGAGCACAAAGUGUUGUUGGACCGUCUUCUUUCCCAAAAUGUUGCAGUGGAAAACAUUAUGAGCAUUUUUCCUAUAAACUCAGAUGAAAAAUUAAAGGAAUUUGGACAAAAUUUUAGCUACAAAUGCGGAUCCUUAUAAGCGACAAAUGCAACAUCUUAUUGCUGGCAAUGCAGAGCGAAACUUACAUCAAAUAUUUGGCCAAAAUAUAAUAAUGAGCUAUAAUGUUGACGGAAUCAGCGGAAAGAAACGACUACGGGAUUUAUGCAAUGUAUUUUCCGUAAUUAUAGAUGUCAUAUCGACCUUCAGCAAAUCAUCAGACACAACUUUGAGAGGAACUUUCCAACGCCAAAAGAAAAAAUUCUUCAAGCAAACAACCCGCAUUAAAACCCAAAAAAAUAAGGAGAACCGAAAUGAUGAAGAAAAUGAGACUGAGAAAUACGAGGAAAUCGAAUUUAUUGAAGAAAUUGAUGAGACUUAAUAUAUAAAAACUACAAAUACUAUUUUUUAGAUUGUAAGAAAGGUUUAGCUAGCCUUGAAGAAAUAUGCCAAAAACCAAGUACCUUUUUUAUUAAAAAUAACUAUCUACAAGACAUCUUUAUCAACAAUA